UUGUUAUUUAUAGAGACAGUUGUGUCCUUACAACCGAUUGUUUGGUCAAAAGAAUCACUAGUUCCUAUUUCGAAGAACUUUUAUAGCGAACACCAAAAUGUUGCUCGCAGAUCCCAGUAUGAAAUCGAUGCAUGGUACCAAGAAAAUCAAGUGACGAUUGAAGGUUAUGACAUUCCUCGACCAGUUUUUGACUUUUCCGAGGCUGAUUUUCCUGCACCCAUAGUUCAAAGAUUGUUCAAAUCUUUCCAGAAACCGACGGUUAUUCAAUCAAUUUCAUGGCCUUUGGCUUUAAGUGGUCGAGAUUUAGUUUCAAUUGCUAAGACAGGAUCUGGCAAGACUUUGGCAUUUGUUUUACCUGCACUGGUACAUAUAAUGGGUCAACCAUCCCGCGGUCAUCCAAAAUAUCCAUUAGUUUUGGUGCUUUUGCCUACUCGUGAAUUAGCGCAACAAGUGCAAGAAGUGAGCAGAGAUUACUGUCAGAUAUUGAACUUAUCAUUAACUUGUUUAUUUGGUGGUGCGCCAAAGAAUUCACAGCUUUAUGAUCUCCAAAGAGGCGUUGAUCUCGUGAUUGCUACUCCUGGAAGGCUUAUGGAUUUUUUGACUGCGGGUAAAACUUCUCUGAAACGCUGCACUUAUCUUGUAUUGGAUGAAGCUGACCGAAUGCUGGAUAUGGGUUUUGAACCGCAAAUUCGUAAAAUUAUAUCACAAAUCAGACCCGAUCGACAAACAUUAAUGUUCUCAGCGACUUGGCCGCGAGAGGUUCGAAAAUUGGCUAGUGAUUUUUUGACCAAUGUUGCCCAUUUGAAUGUUGGCUCAUUGGAGCUCUCAGCAAAUCACAAUAUAACACAAAUCGUAGAAAUAAUUGAUGAAGGCAAUAAGCAACAACGGUUGAUUUCUAUACUAAAUCAAAUAAUGGAUGAGGAUGACUGUAAAACUAUCAUUUUUGUGGAAACGAAAAGAAAAGCAGAUGAUUUGACUCGGUGGAUGCGUCGUGACGGCUGGCCCGCUUUAUGCAUACACGGUGAUAAAGGACAGUCAGAGCGUGAUUGGGCAUUAGGUGAAUUUAAAGCUGGGAAAACACCGAUUUUGUUAGCGACAGAUGUAGCUGCUCGUGGUUUAGAUGUUGAUGACAUAAAAUACGUUAUCAAUUAUGAUUAUUCGAACAAUUCAGAAGAUUAUGUUCAUAGAAUUGGUCGGACUGGCAGGAGAGAAAAAAAAGGUACAGCGUACACGUUUUUCACUCAUGAAAAUUCGGCAAAAGCGAAAGAUUUGAUAAAAGUGCUUCAAGAAGCCAAUCAGCAUGUCCCUGAUGAGUUAACUUUGAUGGCGCAGAGUACAUCCUCAACGUCAAACCGAUCUCGAUAUGGAGGUGGUUUGAAAAGAAACUUUAGUGGCGACGGUGGCCAUUCCGGCUUCUUCGCUAAACGCGGACGUUUUGAAGAUCGGAGGGAAGGACGGCCAUGGUAA